AUGGCGGGCUCACCAGUGGAACAAGUACCUUCUGCCACGGCCACCACCGGCGGAGACGAGUUCGGGUACCCUCAUGGACAUUUCGGACACUUGACCACCGAGCAGGAGAAGGCGCUGCAGGAUUUCAAGAUGUUCUUGGGGGAGAAGGGGUUGUAUACACAUGCGCCUGGGGAGAAGCCGUCGCAUGAGGAUUGGACUUUGCUACGAUUUCUGCGGGCGAGGAGGUGGAUUGUGGAGGAUGCGUACAAGCAGUUCAAGGACACCGAGGACUGGCGCAAGGCGAACCAGUUGGAGGUGCUGUAUGACACGAUUGAUGUGGAGGCGUACGAGGAGACGAGGAGCUUGUACCCCCAAUGGACGGGCAGACGAGACAGGCGCGGCAUCCCGAUUUACCUCUUCCAGAUCCGCCAUCUCGACGGUAAGACGGUCGCCAACUACGAGAAGAAGGCCGAGUCGACGAGCGCCAGUCUGGCAAAGACUGAUGGGUCAACACCCGAGAAGCUCCUCAGGCUGUUUGCCCUGUACGAGAACCUCACCCGAUUUGCGCAGCCCCUCUGCUCGGCCAUGAAAGACCGCGACAACGCCGAGACCCCCAUCACCCUCAGCACCAACAUCGUUGACGUCUCCCAGGUAUCGCUGCGCAUGUUCUGGAACCUAAAGUCACACAUGCAGGCCGCCUCGACACUCGCCACAGCCCACUACCCCGAGACCCUCGACCGCAUCUUCAUCAUCGGCGCCCCUUACUUCUUUAGCACAGUCUGGGGCUGGAUCAAGAGGUGGUUCGACCCCAUCACCGUCUCCAAGAUCUUCAUCCUCUCCGCGGCAGAAGUCAAGACCGAGCUGGAAAGAUUCAUGGAGCCGAGAAACAUCCCCAAGGCGUACGGUGGCGAGCUGGAAUUCGAAUUCUUUGACCGGCCAAACGUCGACCCCAGGAUAAAAGAGGCGAUCACCUGGGAAAAGGGGCACACCGACUUCCCCAGGGGGCCAGCUUAUUGGGUCCCGUCCGAGGAUGGCAACACGCUCGAGUUGUAUGCGGUCGGCAGACAGGACGGAAAGCAAAGAAGAGAAAAGAUUUGCAGCAUUCCGUCGCCGUUUCCCAAGGUGGAAGAGCCGGCGGCGGCCGUUGCUGGCGUGAAGGAGGAGCAGGAGGCCAAGAUCGAGGCUGCGAUGGAGGGCGUCAAGGCGCUGUCGGUCUCUUCGUCGGAUCACAAGCCGUCUACGGCGGAGAUUUCGGAAAAGGUUGCCGCCGCUGCGGUGCCUGAUGCGGUUGCGGAGGAGCAGAAGCCGGCUGCGGUCAAGGCUUAG